UCUCGGGCUCACAGCUGAGGAAGGCUAGUGGAGAUUCAGCCAAAUUGUAAACCAUGGCAAAAUCACUGGCCGGUCCCCAGCCAAAGACAAUGAUGGAGAUGGGCCUGACCUGCUCAGUCUGUCAGGACAUCUUCACUGAUCCCCACUUGCUACCCUGUGGACACACCUUCUGUAAAACCUGUCUGUUGGAUAUGCUGGAGCACAUUAUGGUGAUAGGCUUCCGGUGCCCUGAGUGUAGAGCAGGUUUUGGGUUCUCCAUCCCUCUCCUGAAGAACUUUUCCGUGGCCAGUAUUGCCGAGGACUUCAGAAAGACCCAACACAGAAGGAACAAGCCGGUCAACUGUGACUGCUGCAACCCAGGGAAUCAGGCAACAGCUGUAAAGACCUGCCUCACAUGUAUGCUUUCCAUGUGUGAGAAGCACAUCAACCCUCACCUGGAGCUCCCCGCCUUCAGAGAACAUCACCUCACCGAGCCACUGUGGGACCUGAGGAAGAUGAAGUGUCCACAGCAUGAGGCGUACAAGUUCUAUUGCUCAGCAUCACAGACGUAUGUGUGCAGGUGGUGUGAUAUAGAGGCCAAAUCCACUAAUGAGACAAUGAAAUUGAAAACCAUUAAUAAGGACAUGAUGGAGUAUGUGAAACAGAAGUUGGUGUUUCUGGAAGGGGGGCUGAAUGGUUGUGUGACCGGUGUGAGGAAUCUGCGGAAUAUCAUACUCAGUAAAGCAGAGGAUCAGCAAUAUUUUGGUUGGAGGACAGUCGGAUUACUGCUGCUUGGAAUUAUCCUCGCCUACUUGGCCUCCACCAUAAGCUCCAGUCCCCCACAUCCCUGCAUAGGACAACCGGAAAUCGAGGAGGUUAACAGCUCCCUGAGGAAGCACGACAGACUGCUGGCUCAAAUAUACUACAGGCUCAACGGAAAUGCGUUGGAUCCCAACUCAGCCAGCCCAUUCCUCAGGAUCUCAGACGACUUUAUGUCUGUCGAGCGGCAAAAUGACCAGCUGCCUGUGACCCCACACCCCCACCGAUUUGACAGAUCACCCCAGGUGCUGACCUCUCAGUGUGUCUCCGGAGGUGUCCACUACUGGGAGGUGGAGGCCGAGGGUUACUGGGAUAUCGCAGUUUCCUACUCCAGCAUCGAAAGGAAGAACAAGACUCGCUGCACGUUUGGCAUGAACAGGGAGUCAUGGAGCCUCACACAAAACAAAAACAAGCAACUGUUUGCUUUUCACAGUGGGGUGAAGGUAGAUCUGCACAAUAAGGUCCUGUCACAAAACAGGGUGAUCAUUGCCGUUGACUACGAGGAAGGUGCCAUUGUCUUCUGGGAUGCAAAGAAGCUCCAUAAGCCCCUUUACAAUUUCACAGGCAGGUUUACUGAACCAAUAUGCCUUGGAUUUGGCCUGUACCUGAUGGAUCCUCCAACCAGAAUCACAAUCAGGAAUACUUAGAUACAAUGCAACAUGUUUUUAAAAGACAUUCUACUUCUGAAUUUGACAUGAGGAUCUUGUACUACAAAAUUGCCCUACAGCAGGAAAGGUUUGAAAGCAAUAGAUGUAAUCUUUGACAUAUUAUCAAAAAUGACAUAUUUUUGUGUUUUGAACUUUUCUAGUGGGCUAGUUCAUUCUAGGGUGUACGGAACCUUAAAGUUCAUUCUGAAAAUAUGUCAUAGAGAACACUGCAGCCCUAACUGAACGAACCUUUUCCAAACUUGGGUGUUUCAUACUGAAUCCAAAAUUAAACCAGAAUCCUUAUGUUACCUUAGCUGAUACACUGGGCUAUACAGUCGGCCCUCCUUAUCCACGGGGUUCCACAACCACGGAUUCAAUCAACUGCGGAUCGAAAAUAUUCUAAAGGAAAAAAAAUCCAGAAAGCUUCAUAUAGCAAACCUUGAAUUUGCCCUGUGCAGAGCACUGCGCUGAAUCCACGCAAAUGAAGCCACGUGUAGCCCAUUUCUGUACUGAACAUGUGUUUCCUUGUCAUUAUUCCCUAUACAGUAUAUCAACUGUUUACAUAGCAUUUACAUCGUAUGAGGUAUAAGUAAUCUAGAGAAGAUGUAUAGGUUAUAUGCAAAUACCAGAGGUACACAGCGACUAAACCAAGUAUAAUCGUCACCCCCCCCUCCCUUUAAUCAGGGGAUAUUCAGCAAUCAGAAACUAAAAAAAAUGUUUUGGAAAUCUGAAGAUUGACGGGAUUAAUCUUACAUCCCAAUGAUAAUGACGCGACGUUCAUUUGCUGAUGUUAAGAUUUGUGCAAUUUGCCCGGGAAACAUGAAUUACUACUAAUCAACAGUAAUUACAUAACUAUACUACAUAUAGUUAUGCAGGUGAAAUGUUUUUUCCCCCCCCAAUAUUUUGACUUUUGUAACAGAAGGAAUUAACACACACAGCUAAAAACAAGUCAUGUACUAGGUUAGGGGUUUGGGUUUGUUUAGGGGUCUGAAAGAAAGGUGCACGACACCGACGCCUACCCCCCCUCCCCCAUGCGAGUUUCCCCAGAGUGACAGCCGGGAAAGGUCAGCUCUCAGCCCACUGCCUGGUGUGCGCUAGCUUGGUGGGUUAGCUAUAGAAUAUCGCGAUCUCUUUUCAAUAAUUUGUAGGAAAUGACAUGACUAGAUUGGAACACAGGAUUGUGAUUUCACUAACAGAAUGGACACUCAUCUUGUGACUCACACCAUUGUGAAAGGCUAAUCUGAAGAAACAGACGUGUCAGUCAUGGAGCCGAUUUCUGUUUGCACUGCGUUAUCCGUGCAUUUCCGAAUGAUGUAUUUGGGUUGCAUCCCUAACAAUUACUAUGCAAUGUUGUAGAAGGGACUUGAGCAUCAGUGGAUUUUGGUAGUUGCAGGGGGUCCCAGAACCGGUCACAGAUACAGGGAGCCAGCAGUAUGUUUGGGUCCAGAUUCAAAACAGUAGCUGGAACCAAGUGUGGGGCCAUAAGGUGCAUGACAAAAAAAAUUAAAAAAAAUAAAAAAUACAACCAUGCUUUUUUCCCCUUUUUAUUACAAAAACAAAAAACAGGAUAUGAUAGAAACAGUCCAACUUGUACUGACAUAGGAGGAACAAGGA